AUGGUGCAGGAGUAUGAAGAUAAUAUCAUCCCUCCACCAACUGCGUUCAAAGAUGAUUACAAACCAUCCCAAAACCAAGGAAAAAGAAGUGCCAUCCCGAACAAGGCGUAUAAUCUCAAGCUUGGGAAUAAAUAUCUGUCUGUGUGUUGUUCCAUGGAUGGGGAGCUCGGAGACUGCGGUGGUGGGGGAUGGACGCUGGUCAUGAAGAUUGACGGUGCAAAGGGCCACGCUCAACCAGCAUGCAAUACGGGCGUAGUGGACACUCUCGGUAUUUUCUGGCGCGAGUUUGAUGAAGCACUCAUGGAGCGAAGUGAAGCAAAACUGGGGCAAUCCCAGAUUACUGUAGACACUAACUUGAAAAGUGCCUCAUCUUGCAGCACAACUUCAACUACGAUUCAAAAGCGUGGUCUUCCAGGUCUUCAGUCUCUCCCGAAAAUGGAGACCCUGUUACCAACGUACUGGAGCACGUCCUUUACCAAGAUCUGUCUCGGCAUGAAGGUCGAUGGAGUAAGCAGGUUCUUGCGAGUGAAUAGGGCAGCAGCCUCACUGUAUGCCCUCGUUGCUGAUGGUCAGUACCGUGAAAUCUCGCUGGGUCGUGAUGCAUGGAAGGGAGAGGUUGGUCCCAAAGCCUCCCUCCAGCGCAACUGUAAUCGAGAAGGGUUCAAUACGCAGGGUAAUGUAAGUUCUAAUCCUAAGAUACGAAUUGGUAUCAUCGCUAACGAGCAAAAUGAAUGUAAUUCUCCUGAUUCUAGAAUCGGGUUUGGUGGAUGGGGAGUGGUAGCCGAAGUCCCGUGCGGAAACGUAGCCAGGCACGGCGGGGACAACGGAGACCAAACCAUGAGAGCCUUCGGAUACAUCUUCGUUCAGUAA